CCAAUUUCUGAAGUCACUGGUUGCGGAUCCCCAUGUGCAUCCCCACGAACGAAAACGCGCUGAGAAGUUACUCGGCAGUGAAAAGAAAUGUAAUUUGCUGGACCGAACGUCUGUCGCAUUCGGCGGGUAUAACUUUAGCGACCUCGAGCGGCGCUGCAGUGAGAAGGUCGGAGUUUCUUUCCAGGAGCUGGUCGACGACAACGCUGGCUCGACCCAUGCUGCGCUCGUGAAAAUAAUGGACCUCGAUCUGCGGGCGAAACCGAAAACCGGGACGAAGUGGUCGUCUGGUGCCAGCGUGAACACUGCGCAAACACCAUCUUCGUCAACCGCACCUGCGGGCGGGGACCAGCUCGCCGCUGGUAUGCGGGAGAGUCUCCGCGAGGUCAGCAAAUUGGCGGAGUUCGCCUCGCGACACGGACACCAGGCAUUUCGGACCAAAAGUCUGUCGCAACAACACGACGAGCUGGCAGGAAGAAUGCGCGCGAUCAACCUGUUUCGCUUUCACCCUGGUGGCCGCGUCGUCGACCUUACUGGCGAGGAAAUUGACACCUACCAUCGUUUGAAGGAGCAGCGAUGGGAAGUGAUUGAAAAGCUUUACGCGGAACAGUUGCAGGCUUUGCGCACCGAAGAACAUCGCGGCACGUCGGUGGCAGCAUCUCAAACUACGUCUGCUGGGGCAGCUGCACUUCCACUCUCUCACAGCGAUCGCGAACCGACAGACCCUCAGGUUGAGAUUGGAUUGAAAGAGCGAGGUCAAGAAAGGGCUAGCACGACUUGCAAAGAAACUAGUACCUCCCCAACAUUCUGCACGCGCACGACAUGCACGAAAGGGCGAAAAGCGAAGAAAAAGCGAAGCUCCGUCGACGAAACUGAAACUGGCAGAAAACGCGUCGAUGCUGUAAUGCUUGUCGCUGACACCAUCAAGGCGAAGCAGGAACACAGAUAUCGCAUCAAAUGUAUGCUCUACGAUACGUUGCAUUUCUACAAGCGCACUUUCAUGCUUCCAUCCGUCGAAACACUGAUGGUGGGAGAGGGAGUUACUUCGAACGCGGCCGACACAUUGGAUCACGGCAAGACCCAGAUCAGCUUCUGUCUGGAUAAAUGGGUCGACUUUAUCGUAGACUGCGAAAACGAUUCCUUUUUCCGCAUCUGCCUGUUGUGGUUCUGGCCAUGUAGUCCGAAGACGGACUUAGCUUGGAGCAGAUUUGUUGAGGCAGCGCGUCAUGAUCGCUCGAAAGGUGGAGCCCGUCGUGGCACCACGACCAGCGUAGAUGCAUCUGAAGAUGACAUCAGAGUCCGCCCCUGUGCGUUCGUGGACAGCACCAGAAAUGAUGAAGCUUUGCGCGAGCGACUGGAUUCGGAAUUGGCCUCCUGUAUGUACGCGUGGCGGAACUUGCUGGCUGGGCGAUUCCGUGCUGCAGCUUCGGUGUGCCGCGACAUCACGAAACACCUCAGACUGACGUGCCCGUCGGUGUUUCUCUGCGAGUGCUUUGCCUUGCUGAUACUGCGCUGCCAGGUGCAGACCGAGGAGGAGUUUGACGCAAUCUCCCCGGGGAGAACCUGGUCCGACGCGGCAGCGGAUUUGCGGGGGACAAAGGUCGGGAAAGCGGUCAUUGUCCAACAAUUUUCCGAGACGCUCCGAACGCUCGACAGAUACGCAGCUGCGGUGUGCCUGCUGCUCUACCGAAGUUCCAAAAGAAAGGCCAUCUUGCACUUCGUCACGUCGGGAGACGAGAUGUCGGCGGGCCCCGGUCGCUAUCUCAUCCAGCAAACGUUGUUCGCUGUUUGGGCGGUCGCCAUGAAAGAACACUUCUGGGGAGACGCAGAUAAGGGAAUGGCCGAAGCAAUGGCGCCGGCCGUUGAAUCGUUUGAAGAACAGGUGGAACAACAAGGCAAGGACGAAAUAAAAGGCACGAAAGCUACUGCAAAGUCGAAAGCGCAACGCGAUUUCGAGAAGAAGAAUGCCCUCGAGAUUGCAACCCUUACGCGGCACGAUGGCGUGUGGAACAUCACGCCCGACCUGGUCGUGUAUUCGCAAGAUCCCCGAGUCAAGCGCAUCUCGGAUGACACCUUCGCAGCGAUCCACCCGGAUUUGGAGCUCUCCGAUGAGCUGCGAGCCGAGUUUUCCGCUGCAUUGGAGAAGGGUAUGUGCGCGAAGCAACAUAAGGCGAACGGAGUCAAGUUCCUUUCCAAUGGCGUCGCGGAGCUGAAGAUCAACGGAGAUACCCGGCUCUGGACAUCCACGAAGUACAAAGAACACAAGCAGGAAAGGUAUGCUGUGCAGAAAUCUCUAUACCCCGCGACCAGACCUUUGAAAAUGUCCAUGCACCUCUACAUAGCAAAGAAUGUUUUGUUUUUUUGCUGAUUUCCAUGGCACAAUGAAUUUGCAUCUUUGUCUUUGAAUUUUCCCGGGGUAGUUUUGAACGUUUUUGCACAGGAUAUUUUUAAGGACGUCGAUGACCCCCUGCAGGAAGCGAAAGUCCGCAAGACACUCUUGCUUUUCGAUCAUGAGGACAACCAUGGUGGAGUGCGGCGGGCGGUAGAGCUUCAGAAGAGCGGUAAUAUGAAAGAGGUGCUGUGUGACCAACCGCAGCAGACCGACGAGGUGCGGUGUGGCGACAUCAACCGGAAAAAGGCAGAAGUUCGCAGCAUUUUCAACAGCGUGAUGACUGGGCGCCCGCGCUUUGUUCGGGAUGCGCUAGGGAUCGAGCCAGAUGCGACGGUUGAAGAAGCGUGCCCGAUUCAGUAAAUAUUUUCGUAAACAUAAAAAAAGCUUUCGCUGUCGUUCCCACCUUCUACUGUCUUCGCAGUUCCUAGCUACGGAAUCCAAGCAAUAUUCACAUCAAUACAACCUCGAGCUACAACUGCAGUAUUCACACUCGAUACUCAUGUCAAGCUCAAGUUACAACUGGUGCGCAAUUUUAUAUUCCGUCGUUUCGUCUGACAACCUCGUCAGCGAGAAUCUUCUACUUUUAGCGAAAACGACAAAAGAUCUGAGCAGAGUCGCACUCUCCGUCUCCAAAGAGGACAGUGCGUAGUCCCACUUUCAUUGACAGCGAAGGGUAGUUGUUUAAUGAACAAGUACUCAAACGUCCGCCUCCGCGUCCCCUAGAAUUUUCCCAUUGGUACUAUAAUUUCGAG